AUGACGCCUCCGCAAAAAGUCAAGCGAUGGCUUACGGGCCAGAACGGACUCGAUAAGCUGAGAACGGAGGAGGUAGAUUGUCCGGCGCCGGGAGAGAAUGAAGUGCUCGUAGAGGUUCACGCUGUGAGUUUGAAUUAUAGGGAUACCGAAGUUUGCAUGGGCCUUUAUAACCACCAUAAGUCUGUUGAGCAACCACCCGCCAUCGUGCCAUGCAGCGACAUGUGUGGCAUCGUCGUCGCGGUGGGUCCAACCUCCAACAGUUCUUCCGAUCCGUACAAGAACCCAGCAUUCCGUCUUCAAACCGGCGAUCGCGUAAUUAGCACCUUCGCGCCCUCUCAUCUUACAGGCCAAAUCCAAGCCAAAGAUCUUGGAAGUGGUCUUGGUGGCCCUGCCCCUGGUGUACUGACACAAUAUCGCGUCUUCCCCACUUACGGCGUUGUGAGGAUUCCCGAAUACCUGAGCGACGCGGAAGCAUCGUGCCUACCAAUCGCAGCCAUGACAGCCUGGAUGAGCUUGAACUGUAUGCGACCUAAUGGCGAGAUCGUUGGACAAGGCGAGACAAUUGUAUGUCAAGGUACCGGGGGCGUCAGUAUCUCUGCUGCCCAAAUAGCUGCUGCAGCGGGUGCAGACGUCAUUGUCACUUCAUCCUCGGACGAAAAGCUCCAGCGCGCAAACAAACUGGGCGCAAAAGAAACAAUCAACUACCGCAGUAAGCCAGAUUGGGACAACAUUGUGCUCAGCGCAACCAAUGGUGCUGGCGCAGACAUCGUCAUCGAAGUGGGCGGUGCUGCGACACUCCGCAAGUCCUUUGAGUGUGUGCGUUUCGGCGGCCUCAUCUCAUGUAUCGGCUAUCUUGGCGGCAAGCAAGACGAAGCCGGUGAUAGGACGAACACGAAUCUAUUGUGCUUGAAGAGGAAUGUGACGCUGAAGGGGAUCCUCAAUGGCCCGAGAGAUGCGCUUGAGAGAAUGCUAAGAUUCUAUGAAGAGAAGAAGAUCAAGCCGGUGGUAGAUAGAGAGUUCAAGUUCGAAGAGGCAGAUGAGGCCCUGAAGUAUCUGUUUAGUGGAGGGCAUUUUGGCAAGGUUGUUAUUAGGGUCAAAGCCUGA